GGAUACUGGGCGGAGAGACAGCUCACGGCAGGCUCUUCCCGCAAGAGCAUUGCCAGUGCCAACACGCGCUUCUGGAAGUGGCGCUCACGUUCGGGCAAGUCUGUGAGCGAGACUGAUGGAACCCCUGAAGGGGCGCACUCUUCCCGUGUGGCCUCCGCAUCAGGGCCCAAGUCGAGAUAUGAGCCCCCGAAAGAAGAUCUACCACCCAUUCAACAGGUCUGGACUCCCUAUCUGUACGAAUCUGAUCAUGUAUUCUCACUUCAACAUCCUACUGAGCCGCAUGUCUCGCCUGGUGCUGCUGCAAUGACGCCAUCCAAGUCACAGCAGUCCAGUGAAAGCAUUGUUGUUUCGCCCGGUCAAAAGGGCCGCCCCAUGGGCAUCCCUGAAGAACCUUUGCCUGAGGGCCGUGCUCAAUCAUUCUUGAAACCCGCUCUACCGAUGACUCCCCUCGUCUCUCCGAGGAUCUUGUACCUGAAAGCCAAAAGGGAAAUUGAAUCCAAGCUCAAGCAUCAACAAGCCGACGAUUCGUACCUGGACCACCCGACAGACGCUGGCCAUCAGACAGGUUCCGGGCUGGGGACUGAGCGCUCUGGUAAGAAUCAAGCUCCUGGUGAAGACUCUCGUACGCGGUCAACGCUUGAGGGUGCCCGCAAGUUCCUCGCUACCCAGAGCAUCAGCAGGACGGGAACGUGGUUCAAAGAUGAGCAUCAUACUUUGAGAAUAGGCCGCAAGCUCUUCGGGAAGGCCCCAUGGCAUCGGAAGACUUCCAAUGACUCGGUCAACAGCGUUUCCAGCUCCAUCCGGGCGGUUCUUAAGGGUCAGACACCUCCGGGGUCUCCCGCGACUCAGUGGAUGAGACAUACGAGUGCCUCUCUGCGUGUACUCUCAUAUUUCGAGGCCGUUCAUGUCAGCACACCUCCCUUGGACGAAGACACGGCCGAUGGCAGGCCUCGUGCCUUUUUCACGUCUAUGACGCCCCCCUUGGCGGAAGGAGAAACCAAUACCAAGCCUGCACCGCCCGCACGCUCGACAAAGCGCUACAGUGUCCAUGGGAGGACCAUGACAUCUCAGCCUCGCGAGUGGUGGGAGCAGAUGCCUCAGCGGCCAGGCCGCCGCGACCUCUCGGGGGCUACCGGCAACGCGGCCAACAAGUUUGAGUUCGACGUCCUGGAACAUCUGCCUGGAAGCCCGUUGUGCCCUGCCGACAAACGGCACAAGAGUGGCGGCACAGGCGUGUGUGUGUAUCACGGACGGAGGAAAACCGGGUCACACCUCCGAGACGAAGUGAGUAGAGGACAAGGGCAGGACUAUUCGUCAUCGGACCUGGCUUGA